AAAAAAACAGUUAGUCGCCAUAUUGUUUUUAUAGCGAUCGUACUCCGUGUUGGGGUGUAAACAAAUUUGCUAAGUUUUAGUUAUUUUCAGUUCGUUCCGAUGGAUACCAUAAAUCCCGUAUAAUUCAUGGGCUCGUAGACAUGAAAAAACAGGAAGUGCCAUAACCUACAAAUUAUUAUCUGGACGUUAACAUGCUAGAAUCACGAUUUGUGUUUUUGUUUUUAGUUGUUUAUUCAUUUCAAUAUGUUUCUGCUUCGGGGCCGCUGUGUGUUAACCAAACACAGAAGUGUACAACUCAGGUUCUUAGUCAAAGAAACAAUGACUACGCCUCCUGCACCGUGGAGUACUUCAACCGAGAAGGCUGCAACAGCAUGAGCUUCGGUCCGAUCACAUCCAACGCCCACAUCGGUGGCGUGAUGCUGAAGCCGCACAUCCUGAGGCGGGAGAUCAAACAGGGCUUGCUGAACUACAACCAAAGCUACACUGUGCUUAAUAUUACGUUCAGCAAUAUUAAAUGGAAAACAAUCAAAUUCCGUUUUGAAGAGCAAAGCAAGAAACCAUAUAAACAGACCCACUGCAGAAACAUAGUGCUGUCAAACGAAGCCCACAUAGAUGACCAGUCGGUGCUGUACUACGACUGUUACUGGCCUGACAGCAUCGACAGCGUGGGGCGCUCACACAUACUGGACUUUGAGGCUUCGGAUGACAACGUGGUCAAUCGGGGACAGUAUUACUUCAAUGUUCCAUCGGCGCAAAUGCUGAGCAACACUGUCAAUGCAUCAAACUGGAAACCAUUUGUCUACCUCGAGAUACUCUCCGGCAAAAUCCGCCUCCACAUAAUGGCUCCACCGAACCAAGUGAAGAUCACCUCCUACCGCAUUCAAGUCCUCAAUGAAUGCAACGGAAAGGAGCAUGACAUAGUGAAAAGCCAAGUGUUACAGCUACAGAAUUAUACGGAUGAAGUGACCUAUGAUUAUAGCUUGUUGGGGACCCCAGGGUCUUACUAUUUUGUUGUGACCCCGCAACACGAUGGGUGCAAGGAUGGAGUGACGAAGUGCCAGGUCGUAGAGAGUCCCAGGUUCAAAAUCAGCAACAACGUGCAAAGCUUCAAUAUCUGCAUAGCCAGCAUCUCGGCCCUGAUCGUGGCAACCCUGUUCGCCUACUACAUAGUGCUGCGGGUGCUUCGGCGCUAUUGGUGCAGAGACUACAGGCUUGCUAUGGCUCAAGAGAUACCAGCCCCAACGAAAGUUCUAGUCAUCUACUCGCCGGCCAACCGUCUCCACGCCGAGUGCGUGUCCUCAUUCGUGACCUACCUCCGCGCUGAGUUCGGCUUCGAGAUCAUGUAUGACGGCGACAUAUCCUCAACCUCCGACCAGGACCCUUACAUCUGGGCCGCUGAGGCCUUCAAAAUAUCCACACAUGUCAUGUACAUCGUCGGCCCCGCGGACUUAACCAACCAAUACAACAACAUCUACGAAAAACCCAUUCUGAGCGCACAUAAAAACUUGGACACCCUCCAACUUUCACUGCUCAAAGCGAACAGAGGAUCUAAAAACCAGAAAGCUGUCAUCAAUGUGAUCUUUGAGUACUCUAAUGGACCUAUACCGAUGGAAACUAAGCAUGGGAAGACAUUCUAUCUACUGAAGGAAUGGAACAAGCUGAUUUCUUAUUUAUCGAAGAAUUUGCUGCCAAAGAAACAGCUGGUGCGAACGGAGAAAGGCAGAUGUUUGCUGGAGGAUCUGACCAAGGCUAAGAAGUUGCUGAAUAGCAGCAAUUUUAAUGUGUAAAUUGUUGGUUACGGGACGUAUUAGGAAAGAUAUUGGAUGUAAAUCAGAAGAUAUAGGAUACAGGUAUGUGCAAUGAAAAUUUAGGUUAACAUUAUCGCGUAGUUAUGGUUAAAACCAAGAACGGUAGCUAUCAUGGGAAACUAGUAUUUCAUUGGCGACAAAGAAUUAAAGUAACACACAGACUAUUAUGGCUAAGGUUCCUAGUUUUGACUAGAAUCGAAUCGCGUUACGAAGGUGUUAUAUCGUUAGGAUCAAACCACUGAUGUGAAAUUCAAAUCUCAGGCAGGCCUGAAGAAAAAAGCAUUGGUUUUUCAAUAUUAUUAAAAGAAACUUAGUUUUUCGUGCUGGCAAUGUGGUCAGUAUUAGUUAUUCUAUUGUUCGUUGCCAUAGUCUCUUGUGUCACGAAAAUAAAAUAUUAAAUAAAAUAUACUAAUCUAGCACGAAUAACUUUGUUUUCAUUAUCUUGUUUGUACUUAGGUGGGAUGCGAAGUUAUCGAAUGUUUCAAGGAAAAAUUGAUAUUUAUUGUCUUUUGUGUCUAAUUGUAUUGAUGUUAUGAACAUUUUCUAUUCGGUAUUGGGGCACUAGUAUUUGGCAUAACACAUAUCACUAUCACUACUAAACACUCACUUUACCGUUAGUCAAAUUUAAAUAUGGUAACUUCAUAUCAUACUUAUAUUUAAAUUUUACUGAAAUAUGUGACGUUCCACGGCAAAAGGUACCUUAUGGCGGUUGGCGCUUACGUCGCAUAGCGCCGCAAUAAUAUUGGAGCGGCGUUAAUAAUAGCGUAAGCGCCAACCUCCAUAAAGUACCUUUACCCGUGGGACGUCACAUAUAUUUAAUGGACGAAGUUAAAGUAACAAUUGCAGUUAAUCCAUCAACGCUUUUGCUUUUAGAAAUAAAAAUAAUUGAUAUCACCGGCGCUCCAAUACCUAAAAAAAAAGAGAGAAAAGUAUGUUUUAGGGUGGGAUUCUGUCCUGUCCAAUUUAUUUGUCCAAUGUGUGUUUUGUCUCACAUUUUGCUUAAUGGGAGAGUGAGACGUCAUGACAUAGGACCAUGAUAUUGGACAGAUGGAAUACCACCCUUAUUACAAACAUUAUUAUGUGAUUGUUGUUUAUAAUUGUUGUAAAUUCUUCAAAUCCCAGUUUUCAAACAUACCGCUUUUCUUAAGUUACUUAUUGAUAGAUAUUUUUUAAUUGAAUGAACAAUUAGUAGUACAUAAAUUAUCAAUAUCCCUAACAUAUUUUUGUACCUAAUAUAAGAAUUAAAAAAAUGUUUUCUCCUAAUAUGAUUAAUGUGGGUAUAUUAAUCGGGGCAGUAUUUUUUUAUGAACUCAUAGAUUUUUUUAUAAACUCAUAGUUUAUAAAAAAAAUACUGUCAAGAUUCCUUAUAUUUUUAUUUAUCCCACACGAGACCCUAUAUGGCGAGAUGACCCUAUAAUGUGGAUGUUGACACAAUAAAAAAAAUUUGAUUAUCCUUCAUACUUUUCAGGUUUAGGACUGUUUCUCACUCUUUUAUCUCGUUCGUCUUUAUAUCGGCCACUGUGAACCAUUUCGUUCAGUCUAUUUUCGGUUUCACUCAUGUCUAGCGCUCACCACUCUUAUUAACGUGUAUGCUGUGCAUUGAAUGUGUUUAUUAAGUACAUAUAUCGAUAAAACUCAAUUCUACUUUUUGUAAUGUCCGCACUUAAACCAUAAUACGUAAUUGCGCAUACAAAUUUGCCAAUCAAUAUUCUAAGCGCCACUUGCACCAUCCCACUAACCCCGGGUUAACCGGUUAAACCGAUAACGGCGAUAACCCAGUAUCAAAUUGUACUGGUAACCAUGGUAACUUCAGGUUUAAUCGGUUAACCCCGGGUUAGUGGAAUGGUGCAAGUGGCCCUAAGGGUGGUAUUCCAUCUGUCCAAUAUCUUUGUCCAAUGUGUAUUUGCGUCUCACAUUUUGCUUAGUGAGAGAGUGGAUCGCACACACAUUGGACCAAACAAUUGGACAGAUGGAAUACCAACCUUAUGACAUUAAAAUAACUGUUAUUUUCCCUUGUCAAACAAAGCGGUAUGUGUCUAUCAUUGUAUCUUGACUCGUUGAUCUCAAUUCCAAAACUGUUGGAGUGACGUGUUCUAUAUCUUUAUACAAGACUUUCAAUUAAGCUCAAUAUAUACCUUUGUGAUGUAUUUUUAUAAUAUAGAAUCGUAUUAUUAUAA